CGACGUCCGUAAUGGACUUGCAGCUGUUCUCUGACAAACAAUAACAAGAGCGAACGGCGUCGGCUUCCGUGUCUGUAACCGCGCUGAUAUCGAGCCUGUGAGGCGUCUCGACUCUGACAUCGCCGGCGAGGAAACUCUGGCCUCCGCUGCCUCCUCCUCCGACUCGGAAACCGGCGGAGCUUCGCCGCCCCCGCGGAAGAAAAGCCGAGGCUCGGCGGCGGAGGGAGCAGGAGAGAGCGGGGCGUCUGCUGCGGGGAUCACGGGCCUCUCUGCGGCGUCUCUCCCAAGCCCCCACCAGCGCUCGGACAUCCGUCUCAACCACAGCCUGCGGUCGCGCAGAUCCGCCGCUGUAACCGCGCUUUAUAAGAUGCAGGCCAACGGGACCGGAGCACAGGAGCCGGAGUCCUGCAGGAACGGAGAGUCCUCGUCCUUCGCCGCGGGAGCGGUGCACUCCAACGGGCUGCUGUCCUCCGCGAAUCACGGGCUGCCGUCCACCGAGAGCCCUGCGUCUGAUAGCAGCACGAAGAAGAAGAAACGACUGUCCCAGAGCGACGAGGACGUGGUCCGUCUCAUCGGACAACAUCUCCACGGGCUGGGACUCGAUCAAACGGUGGACCUGUUGAUGCAGGAAUCGGGCUGUAGACUUGAGCAUCCUGCUGCUACCAAGUUCAGGAAUCAUGUGAUGGAGGGAGAAUGGGAGAAGGCUGAGAGCGACCUGAACGAGCUGAAAGCACUGAUGCAUUCCCCCAGCGCUGUGGUGCGGAUGAGGUUCCUGCUCCUGCAGCAGAAGUAUCUGGAGUAUCUGGAGGACGGGAAGGUCCUGGAAGCGCUGCAGGUGCUCCGAGCCGAACUCACGCCCCUGAAGUACAACACUGAACGCAUCCACGUCCUCAGCGGGUAUCUGAUGUGCAGUCACCCUGAUGACCUGCGAGCUAAAGCUGAGUGGGAAGGGAAGGGGACGGCCUCACGAGCCAAACUCCUCGACAAGCUGCAGACGUAUCUGCCCCCGUCUGUGAUGCUGCCGCCCCGUCGUCUGCAGACGCUCCUGAGGCAGGCCGUGGAGCUGCAGAGAGACCGCUGCCUCUACCACAACACCAAACUGGACAGCGGACUGGACAAUGUGUCUCUGCUCAUAGACCACGUGUGCAGCAGGAAGCAGUUCCCCUGCUACACCCAGCAGAUCUUGACAGAGCACUGCAAUGAAGUCUGGUUCUGUAAAUUCUCCAACGACGGCACCAAACUGGCCUCGGGGUCCAAAGACACAACAGUCAUCAUCUGGCAGGUUGACCCUGACUCUCUCCAGCUCAAGCAGCUGAAGACGUUAGAGGGUCAUGCCUAUGGGGUUUCCUAUCUGGCCUGGAGCCCCGACGACUCGUAUCUGAUAGCGUGCGGCCCGGACGACUGCUCCGAGCUCUGGCUGUGGAGCGUGCAGACAGGGGAACUGAGAACCAAAAUGAGCCAGUCCCAUGAGGACAGCCUGACCAGCGUGGCCUGGAAUCCAGACGGCAAGCGUUUCGUUACCGGAGGUCAGAGAGGCCAGUUCUACCAGUGUGAUCUGGACGGAAACCUGCUGGACUCCUGGGAGGGCGUCCGUGUUCAGUGUCUGUGGUGUGUGAGUGACGGCAGGACAGUGUUGGCCUCUGACACACACCAGCGCAUCCGUGGAUAUAACUUUGAAGAUCUGACCGACAGGAACAUAGUUCAAGAGGACCAUCCGAUCAUGUCCUUUACUGUGUCAAAGAACGGAAGAUUAGCUCUGUUAAAUGUCGCAACUCAGGGAGUUCAUCUGUGGGACCUGCAGGACCGUGUGUUAGUCAGGAAGUACCAGGGUGUGACUCAGGGCUUCUACACCAUACACUCCUGCUUUGGCGGCUACAACGAAGACUUUAUCGCCAGUGGCAGUGAAGAUCACAAAGUGUACAUCUGGCACAAGCGCAGCGAGCUGCCCAUAGCUGAGCUGACGGGUCACACGCGCACGGUCAACUGUGUGAGCUGGAACCCUGUGCUGCCGGGCCUGAUGGCCAGCGCCUCGGACGACGGCACCCUGAGGGUCUGGGGUCCCGCACCCUUUCUGGACUCGCAGGAGACCGAGGCGCUCACCGUGAACUAUAGCAUGGACAGUUGAUGUUGACUCUGGAGCAGAUGUCCACUUUGGAGAAUAUACAGUGAGACACACUAUAGACUUUGUGAAUGAAGAACGAGAAAUGACAUAAAUCUAACAGCAGAUGGAUGUUUUCUCCUGGCGGUUUCACAUCCCCACCCGCAGCGCAGCGGACACACGGAGCCGGCGACUGUCCUUCAUCAUCUGACUUCACAUCCGUGUGGCGGCACCAAACGCACAUGCUACACACCUCACCGAGGACACGCCCCCUUGACUCAGGCUCCUCCCCCUCCCCUACACUGCAUCCUGAGUGGACUGUCUCCAGAAGCCACACCCCCUCCCCCCACACACGGACAAACAUUACUCUGAUCAUUAUUUAUUACGGCUUUAAUUUAUUAUUGUGGAUGAAUCAAGGCCUCAGGCUUGCUUUGUGUUCUGUACAAUAUUGACUCAGCGAGGGGACAAAAAAAAGUCUCGCACGUGUCAGAGAGAGAACAAAUCAUAUCUUUAUUUUUCAGCAUGAACGUCUUUUAGCCACCUUGUAUGCUUGAAAGUAAGUGUCUUCACCAGCAGAGAUAUAAGAUAUCAUUUUCGUUUCCCUCACAACUAUUUAAAUGACUGAAUUUAUAGGCAUUUUUUAACAGAUAGGAAUUUGUUUCGAUUCAGAAAGUCCAAUCAUGACCCCACUAUUUUUCAUUGCUUAUGAAACUUUAUACUGAGAGCGGGAAAUGAUGGAUGAUUAUUCGUUAUUCAUGAAAUGUAAAAUUUCUGAAGAAAGAUGCAGGACAGGACAAAACCGGUAGUGUUUUGGUAACAGGGUUGAAGACAAACUAAUCUAUGCUUGCUAAGAUUCACAGCAUACUAAUGACCCACGAAUGAGCCACCGUCACGUUCCACGUGUAAAUACAGGCCUUCUGCGAGCAUCCUUUGCCUUCAUUAGGUGUUUGUGAUGGGCUUGAGGUCAUUUUUAGAGUGAAUGUUCAAGCUCUGGGUGUGAGGCGAGUGAUUUUGGCACGGUAAGUACGUCAGAACAGACUCCCAGAUGUUUCAGUUCAGUGUCCAUCAUAUUCGUCAGUUUGUUUCUCCUCUUUGUUCUUGUUUUCUCUCGUAUUAUCACAUCUUGACUUGUUUUUUUUUA